AUGCACACUCACAGCACCCUGCGUUACGAUGGCGAGGCCCUUGGCCUCGAGACUGUACAAAAGUGGAUUGAGGACAAGAGCUUAAAGAAGAGGUGCGAGCAGAUCGAGUUAGUGUCCAAGAAGGUGAAGUCCGAAGUUACACAGCUGCUGAGUGUCUUCAUUUUCCAGUGCAGGCACCUACACACCUUGGUUCUCGCAAACAAUCCCAUCGGAGAUGAUGGUGCCGAGUCUUUGGCUUGCUACAUGCAAAUCCGAAAGCAGGACGCAGCUUGUGCAGUCAGGUUUUUGGAUCUGAGUGGUACUCGCCUGACGGCCGACUCAGUCGGUCACGUCGCGAGCGCCUUCAUGGGCCAGUGGGACGCCAACGGCGAGGAACGUGUGAUCGAGCAGCACAGUUGCAGAAGCGCCGCUUCAGGUGCUUUUGUGCCUGUGCUGGAUCUUUCGCACAAUGCAUUAGAGGAUUCUGGAGUGGAGGCUAUCGCCCAAAAUGUUGUGAGGAGCGUUUGCCUUCGACUGCGAAAUGUCGGAUGUACGAAAGAUGGUCUGCAAAAGCUCUUGAAAUGCCAUGAAUGGAUCGUGGAGCUCGACGUGGGCAGAAAUCCGAUAGGUGUGGUGGAUGUGACAGCGCUCUUUUCCGUUGUCAAAAGUUCAAAAAAGUGGGAGGUGCUCAACAUCUCCAGACUAGCGGUGCUUGCAGGUUUCGAAUACACUGCCAAUCUGGUCACCCCAGAGAUGGUGGAGUGCCUCCGGAAAGCUCCAGGAUUGAAAGAUGUGGACUGCAGUGAAAAUCGACUCGAUGAUGAUCGUGCCAAAAUCAUUGUCGAGGCUGUGAAGGACUCUGAGACAGAUCGCUUGCAGCGCUUGGCGAUGAACGAAUCAGGAUGUGGAAUUUUGACAGCAGAAGCUCUGAAGGCGGUGCUCAGCCAAAGAGCCAUGCUGAGUGGAAAGGUCCCCUACGGCAGCAGCCGAUGUACAGCUUUGCGGAUCCUUGAGCUCAGAGGAAACAAGCUCCAUGACGAUUGCAUGAAGAUUUUUUCGCAGGGUCUGGGAGACAGCAUCUCGUUGGAGAAGCUGAUCCUAGCAGGGUCUCGCUGGCUUUGUGCGGCAGACACCCUCGUUUUCAGGUUAAGAUCCGGCACCCCGAAUGCAGGGUGGGAGUUUCCGCCGCCAUGUCGUCAAGCACAGUCUGCAACGCACAGAUUUUUGACAUCUGUUUCGAUCCGACAUAAGACAUCAUGA